UGUAAUAAUGUUUUUGUCAGAUAUGUCUGGAAGAAAACCUUUAUACAGGAAAGCAUUUGUUUUCUUUAGUUCACCUAUUGCCAGAGAAUUGGUGUUGGAGAUUAAGAAAGAUACACUGGUUUUGCCUCGCAUUGGUGCAUUAAGAGAGAUGAAUUUAGAAUAUUUUGCCAUCGACAGUCAGGGUUUCGUUACAAACAAUGAGAGAGCUUUAGAGGAGCUAUAUGGGGACGAGGAGAACAAUAAAAAAGCUGUUGCAUGUUUGAAUGUGAUGGCUACUCGAGUUGCUUCUGUUUUUGCUUCAUUAAGAGAAUUUCCUUUUGUUCGAUUUCAUGCUGCCCGGUCACUAGAUGCGAACACAAUGACUACUCUUCAUGAUCUUAUUCCUACAAAGCUUGCUGCUGGUGUCUGGGACUCUCUUAUGAAAUAUAAAAAAAGUAUACCUAAUUUUCCUCAGACUGAGACAUGCGAGCUGCUUAUCAUUGAUAGAACUAUCGAUCAGAUUGCUCCUUUGAUACACGAGUGGACUUAUGAUGCAAUGUGCCAUGAUUUGUUGAAUAUGGAGGGAAAUAAAUAUGUUCACGAGAUUCCUGGCAAGAAUGGUGGUCAACCUGAGAGAAAAGAGGUUCUGUUGGAAGAUCAUGAUCCUAUAUGGCUUGAACUUCGUUAUGCACAUAUUGCCGAUGCUAGUGUACGGUUGCAUGAGAAAAUGACCAACUUCAUUUCAAAGAAUAAAGCUGCACAGAUCCAACAUGGUUCAAGGGGUAGUGGUGAAAUGUCAACAAGGGACUUACAGAAGAUGGUUCAAGCACUUCCACAAUACAGUGAACAAAUCGACAAGCUCUCCCUCCAUGUGGAGAUUGCAGGAAAAGUUAACAGAAUUAUUAGGGAGUCAGGACUUCGGGAACUUGGGCAGCUAGAGCAGGAUCUUGUUUUUGGAGACGCAGGAAUGAAAGAUGUAAUCAAGUUUCUGACUACGAAAGAAGAUACAUCCCGUGAAAACAAGUUGCGAUUGUUAAUGAUUCUGGCAGCCAUAUAUCCUGAAAAAUUUGAGGGUGAAAAGGGUCUUAAUUUGAUGAAGGUGGCGAAAUUGACAAAUGAUGACGCGAUUGCUAUAAAUAAUUUGAGAGUGCUUGGGGGAGAACCUGAUGCCAAAAAAACUUCAACCAGUGGCUUUGCUCUUAAGUUUGAUAUGCACAAGAAAAAGCGAGCAGUAAGGAAAAAUCGUGCAGAAGAAGAGACGUGGCAGCUAUCACGCUUUUAUCCCAUAAUUGAGGAACUCGUUGAAAAAGUUAGCAAAAAUGAACUAUCGAAUGAAGAUUAUCCAUGUCUAAAUGAUCCAAGCCCAUCUUUCCAUGGUACACCAUAUGCUGGACCCGCAACUCAAAAUCCUCCUGCUCAUUCACUUAGAUCAAGGAGAACUCCAACUUGGGCCCGGCCUCGGGGCUCCGAUGAUGGAUAUUCAAGCGAUUCGGUGCUUAAACAUACAUCCAGUGAUUUCAAGAAGAUGGGGCAAAGAAUAUUUAUAUUCAUUGUUGGUGGAGCGACUAGAUCUGAGCUUAGGAUUUGCCACAAGCUUACUAAUAAGCUGAAGAGGGAAGUUAUCCUGGGCUCGUCAAGUCUGGAUGACCCUGCACAAUUUAUUACGAAAUUGAAGAUGCUAACAAUGCCUCAAGAACUCUCAUUGGACGAUCUCCAGAUAUGA